AUGAAAGAAGAUGAUAAUGCGUUUGAAUUUGAUGGAAUAUCAAAUUCGGUGAUUGGCCUUGUGAGAAGCGUGCAAGCAUUUGCAGGAGAAGAGAAGGCAGUCAAAUCAUACACAACUUCACUAUUGAAUACUUAUAACUAUGGUGGGGAGAACAACUGGCGAAAUGCAGAUGUGAUAGCUGUUGUGAAAAAUGGGACCAUAGUAGAAACCGGAUGCCAUGAAGAGCUCAUUUCAAGGCCAAACAGUGCCUAUGUUCAACUCCAAGAAGCCGCUUUCCUUCAUCGGCUGCCAUCUCAUCAAUAA